AUGGCGGCGGCGACGCCUCAGCCCAGCUGGCAGGCGUCUCUGCGCGGCCUGCAGGCCGAGACGCGCCACUCUCUGCUGAGGAUGUGGGCUUACAAGCGCUUCGGGCUGCUCCUGCUGGGCCUCUGGGGCCUGCUGCUGCUGUACUACUACCUGAGUCCCGGGUUUGUGAAUUCUGCGUCUCCAAGUGAGAAUACUCUGUGGACCAAUGAAAAUGCUAAUGGACAAUCUCUGGAAAAAAAUUCAGCCUCAAGAGCUCUCUUAAGUUUUUUAUUUCCAACAACAUGCAUUCUGAAGGAGAAUCAGGUGGUGAAGCCUUGCAAUCCGCUGCAAGAUUUUAACAAGACUGAGUGUUUGAGAAACAAGUGCUGUUAUUCAUCACUCAAGACCAGCAACUUCAACUGUUUUGUCCCACUGAAAGAUAAGCCUACGCAGAUGUUCCGGAUGUUUGGGUUUGGUGUGAUCAGCAUGCUCAUCCUGGGAUGGCUGCCCAUUUAUUGCUUCUCUCUUUGCCAGAGGAGCAGAUGGGCCAACCCUUUACGAAGGAAAAUGAACAGAAUUUUAAAGGGUUUGAAGAAACGAAGAAACAAACUAAAGAGGGAUGCUGAAAUGUUAGGGACAGCAAUGGAUGAGGAAGGAUUAGGUGAUGAAAAGGAGCAGGAGACCAAAGAUUAUUUAAUGAAGGCGCUCAUGCCGGGAACAAGCAUUAUAAUGGCUCCAAGCAGCCUGCCUCCCACAUACCUGGAAAAAUUCCCUACUGUUGUGGAAAAUGCCCAGAGCACUCUCUGCCCAGUCGCGACAACUAGAAACAUCUCCAGACAUUGUCCCCUGGUGGGGGGAGCAAAUUUGUACCCAGAGGAGAACCACCUCACCAGUGUGAUCCUCCAGUCCUUUGGCAGGUGCUACUAUUCUUCCCAUUUUCCAGAUGGGAAAGCUGAAGCUCUAAGAGGAAGUGACUCACCAAGAUCACCUGGGUCACGUGUGGCAGAGUCCCCAGUUCCUUCCUCUCUGCUGGUGCCUCCCAGCCCUUAG